AGCGCGAGUCUUUCCCAGCCAUCUUGUGGCAACUAGAAGCGAAGUGCUCGCUCAAGCCCCGUAGAAUCGGAGGAGAAUCCUGCUGAAAGGGCGCCAUCAUGCCCGGACAUAUGCAAGAAGGUUUCGGCUGUGUCGUAACCAAUCGGUUCGACCAGCUAUUAGAUGAUGAAGAGGAUCCGUUUGAGGUGUUAAAGCUGGCAGAAAUCAAGAAGAAGGACGCGACCGCUCCUGGUGCCGCCAAGACCGCCGCGCAGGCUGCAAAGCAGGCCAAAAAGGAGUCACAGAAAGAAAGAAGAAACCCAAUUCCCGACAAAAAAGAAGAGACGCAAGCUCCCGUCCCUAUCAAGAAAGAAGGCGUGAGGAAAAUGGGCCGCCGGCCGGAGCAGCAGGGUCAGCCAGGGUCCCAGCAGCAGGGGGGUCAGGGGGAGGCUCGUCCCCCCGCAGACAGGCGGCCUGACAGAAGGCCACCACGUGAACGACGCUUUGACAAACCCGCUGAUGAUAAACCUGCUGAGGGUGGAGAAUUCUCUGUGGAGAAGGCGGUUGGUGACAGGCCGUUCCGGGGCCGUGGCGGUCCCAGAGGAGGGCGUGGAGGCCGGGGCAGAGGCGUCGGCAGGGAUGGCUUUGACUCGCGUGGCAAACGUGAAUUUGACAGACACAGCGGCAGUGACCGAUCCAGCCUGAAAGCAGAAGAGAAACGUGGAGGCAGCGGAUCGCAUAACUGGGGCACGGUAAAGGAUGAGAUGAGUGAGCUUGACCAAUCAAAUGUCACCGAGGACACCCCUGAGGGAGAGGAGCACCCACCUGCUGACUCUGAGAACAAGGAAAAUGAGGCUGAGGAAGUUAAAGAGGAAGGUCCUAAAGAGAUGACUCUAGAUGAAUGGAAAGCCCAGCAGGACAAAGAUCGAGCCAAGGUGGAAUUCAACAUCCGCAAGGCCAAUGAAGGAACCGACUGGAAUAAAGGAUAUGUUCUGCAUAAAUCUAAGGCUGAUGAUGAAGAUGAUGUGUCUGCUGAUGACAUGUCUGGGGAUCACCACUUCCGCAGGCCCGCUAAUGACAUCACAUCUCAACUGGAGAUUAACUUCGGUGACCUUGGCCGCCCAGGGCGUGGCCGCGGAGGUCCACGAGGUGGAAGAGGAGGUCGUGGGGCCGGUGCCACUAGACCACCUCGUGAACGCAGGCCAGACAAGGCAAGCGGAGCAUCUGUCCCUAAUGUGGAUGAUCCAGAGGCUUUUCCAGCCCUGGCUUAAGCUGCCCCGGUGGUGCUUAGCUCACCCAGGAGGGUCACUCCUCCACGGGUCCUUGUCUACGAGGCUUGCAUGUUAACGGAUCCUUCAGCAGAUGAAAUGAUGGAAGACUGUCAUCCAUGCCAUUCACCCUUGAGGACUGAAUUUUACCCGUUUUAGAGAAAAAGGAAACGUUUUAAAAAAUAAAAAAAUGAAAAGAAAGGACUACUUGCUAUUCUGAAGCAAUUAUUGGUUGAGGUUUUGUAUUUAGAAACAAGGUAGCAGGGAUGUUUUCAUACAGUGUUUCUUUUGUUGUUUUGCUUUUUUUCCCAGAAGUUAUGCAUCGUUCAUGGAUACUUUUUUUGUACUGCUGCUUGAAAAUAUGCAUUUCCAAAAAUAGGUGUGAAAAGCUCACCGGGAUCCCACGGUGUCCCCUUAUCUUGCUUGAUUUUGCCUUAAAACAAGGCGGCCCUUUUUAGGAAAGAAAAGUUUUGUUUUGACGAUUACACAUCACGAAGGAAAGUAGACAGCUGUUUUAUUGAAUAGAAUUAAAGACCUCUGUCCUUAAAAGUGGCUUUAGAAUAACAUUAAAUCUGAAAUAUUUUUGAUUAAGUGAACCAUUUCUGUUUUUUACCUUAAUGCCAAGAUUUGAUUCAGAUGAUUCAGUUGCACUCGCCAUAAGAAGUGUCUUAUUGAAUGACCACUGUAACGUUGACUUAUUGACUCUGGUAACUCAGGAUAGUAUCGUACUCAUUAAAUUAGCAUUUAAGGAAGCAAGUUUACACACCAUGUUCUUUACUGAUAUGUGAGCCAGGUUAGAAAUAAAUUCUGUUAAAGACAUUUUCUUUCUGCACCAUUGCUUAUUCCAGUAGUGCUACUGCAUAUUUGCUCUGAAAGAAACACCAUCUUGUUCAGUGUGGAACAACUGAGUGCUAUGAUAAUGUGUGAAUUCCAACCCUGCUAUUAGACCUCUGUCAAUAAUUAAAAGAUUGUCGAUUCAUA